AUGGCAUCACAGCAACAAGGACGCAAGAUCUCCGACCAAGUCUCCGAACAGGAGAAAAAGGAGCUCGACAAACGGGCUGCGGAAGGCGAGACCGUCGUUCCCGGUGGUACUCGUGGAAAAAGUCUGGAGGCCCAGGAACGCCUUGCUGAAGGGAGGAGCAAGGGAGGACAAACGAGGAGGGAGCAACUGGGGACGGAAGGUUACAAGGAGAUGGGUAAAAAGGGUGGCUUGAGCACCGAAGAGAAGUCAGGCGGUGAACGUGCGGAGGAGGAAGGAAUUCCGCUCGAUGAAUCCAAGUACAGCAACAAGACCUCAAAGGCUGAUGAAGAUAAAUAA